AUGACCUAUAUCAAGGGAACCCCUCUCUCCAACAUUCUUAAAGCUCCCAAGGUGAAAGGCCGACCCGUUCUGAACCCAGAGAUAAGCGAGCGAGGCCUGCGGAGAGCUUACCAAAAGAUGGCCAAGCUCCUCCUUGAGCUGUCCAAGCCCAAAUUCUCCAAAAUUGGUUCAUUAACAGAAGGGCCGGAUGGAGAAUUUACAGUCUCCAGGCGGCCGUUUACUUUUAACAUGAAUGAGUUAUCAACAUCUGCCUACAUUCCGCCUCAUGCCUUGCCAAACCCAAACACCAUAUUUGAAACGGCCGCUGGGUACUUCAAGUCCCUUGCUACACAGCACAUGUUGCAUUUCCUUACUCAGCGAAACGACGCGAUCACAGGCGAAGCAGACUGUCGCAAGAAGUUUGUCGCCCGCUGCCUAUUCAGCAAGGUAGUUCAGCGUAUUCAGUUCCAUGAAGGACCAUUCCAGCUUUACUGUGACGAUUUCCGCCCCUCAAAUGUGCUUGUGGACAUUGAAAGGUUCUGUAUUGCGGCAGCCAUAGACUGGGAGUAUAUAUACGUGGCCCCCGUUGAAUUCAGCUACGUGGCUCCAUGGUGGCUUCUCCUACAGGCUCCGGGAGAUUGGGAAUCUGAUCUCAUGGAGUUCUUGACUCGCUACAGGCCUCGCUUCAUCUAUUCCUGGAUGCUUUACGAGUGGUCGAAUCGGAAAUGA